CUUACAUACCAUACACCCGUUCUCCACACUUUCAUACAUAUACAUACUCGUCGUAUUAUCGUUUCGUUGUUGGCUGGCUGGCGACUCUCAUUUGACAUUGAAUUUGACAUCAAAACCACAACAAGAACAAAGCAGUUGCGAAUAUUUACAUAAACGUUUCUCUCCUCUGAGUCAUCUCAUCCUAAAUAUUUACCAGAUCCAUUCUGCCCUUGCGCUUGCCAUUAAGAACGUGUCGGGUUUGUCAAACACUCAUUUUCUCGUGGUUUUAUAUCAUCGUGAUCAUCCGUAAUUCGUCGUCUAAUGAGAAUCGUCAAUUUCAGACCAAAUUUAACCAGCAAGUGAGUCAGGAUUAUCAACACUUCGUUUUUGUUCCCUGUGCAGUAACGUAAAGUGGAUGGAUUUUUAACUGAGCAAUUACUAGAUAACGUGUUAUCAUCAUAAUUUUAAUUUUGGAGCCAAGAUAAGAUAAUUAAACUAGUACAGUUUACAUGCAUACAUAUUCGUCAAGUAACGUCACCCACCUUCAGGAGAGCGGAUGCUGACUAAUUACUAAUUAUUGCUGUUACUUAAAUAGAUGCGUAUUUAGGAUCAGUAUUAAACAGACCGUGCUUAAUACAAGUCACGUCGCACCGUUUCCUGUGUCCGAUUUUUGUCGCACAUUUGCAUUUGCAUUUGCGAAUUGAAUAGCAAGUUAUAUUUUAUUAAAGUCUGACAAUUAAAGAAAAGGAUCAAGAUGAGUGCCUCGUUUCGCAGCAUUUUGCAGCAAGUUACCCAAGAGAAGUUGGAGGAAUUAAAGCUCCAAAAGAACUUGAUGUCGUCCCACUUUCUGCCCGUGUUGUCGAAAGUGGGAGCAACAUCGGGCGGCGUGAAGGAUCGUUUGGCCCUGCUUUAUUCCGCCGUUAAGUCCUCGCCCGUUUCGGACUCGAUGGACGCUGUGCUUAUCGAGAACCUCAAAUCCGUACUGACCAACUCGGCGGAGGAUCCCUCCAUCUCUGACCAACUUAUCACGGCCUGGACGACCCGUGUGCAGGGCGAGGUGGAGUUCUCCUUGAGAAAGUGCGAAUAUUCCUACCUCUACGGAUCCCUCCUUUCCGAAUGGUUGGAAGCGGAGGAGCGACGGCGAAAAAAGGGCGUCGCAGAACCUGGAGAGGUAUCUCCAGCUGAAGCCACGACACCUUCCACGCCAAAGGCUGACGAUUCCGCCUCUCGCGACAAGGCCCUGUCGACCCUGACUUCGCUCCUCUUCACGCCCCCCUCGGAGUCCACGUCCUUCAACGCGGCCACGUUCCGAGCCUUUUUGUCCCAAGAGUUGUUCUCCUUCGGGGAAAACGUGGCUGGCGAGACCGUUCUCAAACAAGUGAUUAAAGACACGGAGACCUUUUUCAAGCCGGAAAACUACUACAUUUCCACUUUCGAUGUCCAAUCCUGCAUCAAGGGCUUGUGUUCCGAGGAGCUGUUGUCCUCCGAGAAGAAAGCCGCCUUGAAGGAAUUGUCCGACAAUGCCGACGCGCUGGAGGAAGUGGCCAGUUUGUUGACGACUAGGCUGAAAAAUUUGGACAGGUGGGAGUGGCCUUCCAACAUCUCGAGCGAGCCGACCGAGCUUCGUCGCGGUCUUGCGGGUGAGUACAAGCCGUUUUUGAAUGAGGACAUCAUCACUGCGCUCUUCUUGCAGUACGUGGGGGUCGAGUGGGCGGCCUACUUCAAGCGCCAGUUCUUCGCUAUCUACGACUCGAAGGGGUGGAUGCGCGAGGACUGUAAGCCCACCAGCGUGGAGGGUUAUCGAGGUCAGUUCUUCCGCUCUGCCUUCCUCUCUGCCCUCCCAAACUCGGUGGCAGAACAGGAGAAUAAGAACAAGGAGGAGUAUGCAAGGGUCGAAGCAAUGGACAUGGAAUAUGAAGCCGACGACUUCGAACUGCUUUCCUCAGCUGGGCCGAGCACUGCAAAUUUUGCCUUUGGAGGUGCUGCUGGCGGUCCAUCUGCGCCCAGGGCGAUGCUGAUGAGCAAAAAGAUGGCUCGCAGAGCACCCCCACCACCCCCGCCGCCACCAUCCGACGUGGACUUUAAACAGCAGUUCCUCCACCUGCUCACCACCGAGAUCAAGUUGAACGCCACCCUUCGUCCGACCACCCCACUGCUCGUCGUCCAAGCUGACCUGGACUCUUUUUCCCCCUCCGUCAUCCAUGACGCUGCCCUCAUCGCGCUCCAAUUCCUGGGCGUCAGUGACGACUGGAUCAAAUUUUUCGGCAAGUUCCUCACCCCAGAGAUUCACUUCGGUAAAGAUGGAGCAGGGGCGAGAAAAGUUGUGCGAGGCGUCCCCACGGCCCACGCCUUGUCAAACCUCUUCGGAGAGACACUGCUUUUUUUGCUCGACUUCUUAGUGAACAGGAAAUGUGACGGCCUGCGAAUCUACCGUAUCUCUGACGAACUUUGGUUCUGGCACCAUUCCGCCCCCACGAUCACCUCAGCAUGGACCACGAUCCUUACCUUCGGCGAAAUGAUCGGCCUCAAAGUCAACGAAGCUCGUUCCGGCUCCGUCUCAGUAUUUUCCGGGGAGCAAUUCGUCGAGAAAUUCGGCCCCAUCGAAACCUCCACCACCGACACGCCGACCGCCUCCCUUCCCAAAAUGGUCGCCGGUCCGGCGCCCCUCCCGCAAAAGUCGAUCCACUGGGGAUACCUACAACUCGGGUCAAACGGCGUUUGGCACAUCGAUACCGCCGCCGUGGCAAAAUUUCUCACCGAAAUGAAAACCCUGCUCGACAAGGCAGACUGCGUUUUGGAAUGGAUCAACAUUUUCAACAAGUAUUUCACAUUUUUCAUCCGAAAUUUCGGCAAGAGCGCCGUCGCGUCGGGAAAACAGCACUUGGAUCAGAUUGUAACCGCGUUGAAUCAGAUUUAUGCCGGGUUGGGGGGCAGUGGGCGGGAUCCGGUGAGCUUGUUGAGGUCAAAGUUUGCCAUCCUGGGAGACUUUGGGGGUGGGGAGCUGGUGGAUGGGUGGGUUUAUUGGCCCCUGGAAAGAGGAGGUUUGGGGCUGGUGAACCCUUUCAUUGCUGUGAUGGCGUUGAGGGAGACGUUUGCCGAGGCGGAGAAAGGGGCGCCGCUGGACUUGGACUUUUCUCGUCUGCCGCAGGAAGAUCGGAUGAAGUGGGAGGAGUUGAAGAAGCAGUGGGAGCAGAAUUAUGGGCCUGUACAGCCAGUGGGAGGUCAGAUGGUACCUCAACAGUUCGGGGUUCCCCAUCGGCCCCACCCUCCACAGAAGUUGCCGACAUGGGAGGAGUACGUCGCGUCCCGAGAGACCGACUUGGCGCACUGGUAUUACCGCUACUUGCACCUUCUCGAGCGCCCCGGACCCAAAUAUCCCCCCGUGUCCGACACCUACCACACUUUGGGGCAGGAGGUUCGUGGCGACGAGUUGGAGCGCAACUACUUCAUGUGGCUGUACUCAUACUAUGAACCCCAGCUCAGAGGUCACUUCGGCUCCGUGACCUUCAUCAACGCCAAACUCCUUCCCAUGAGCAUGAUUGCAACGAUUCAGAAAAGUAAAGUGCGCCAUAAUUGAGGUCGAAAGGAUGUCGUCACCACCAAAAAAACACGGAUAAAAACUAGUCUUACAUCUCUGAUAAUUUCCGAUUCUGCAAAAUUUACAAAAAAAAUGAAAUCUUGCCGAAAUUCGUCACAUCUAUGAAUUUACUGAAAUUAUGGUACUAAGUACUUAUCCUACUGACACGAUUAUGUAAAUUA